UUUAUUCCUCCUCGCAAUCUGUAUCCCAGAGGGCUGCCCGCCGUCGGUUUGGCUGUUAGAGCAGGAGUCGUCGCAUGGACUGACAUGGCAACCGACCUCGCCAUGAGCGCAGAGCUGCCGAACAGCCCUUUGGCCAUCGAGUACGUCAACGACUUUGACCUGAUGAAGUUUGAGGUAAAGAAGGAGCCGCCGGAGGCCGACCGCUACUGCCACCGCCUCCCGUCCGGUUCUCUGUCCUCCACCCCGAUCAGCACACCCUGCUCCUCCGUGCCUUCCUCCCCGAGUUUCUGUGCACCGAGCCCGGGAGCGCAGCCCAACCAGAGCCUGACCAGCGGGGUCAACAGCAGCGGCAGCAGCAACAACAGCAGCGGCAACAACAAUCACAGCAACGCGGGCAAGCCUCAGCUGGAGGACCUGUACUGGAUCCCCAGCUACCAGCACCACAUCAACCCGGAGGCGCUCAACCUGACCCCGGAGGACGCGGUGGAGGCCCUCAUCGGGAACGCGCACCACCACCACCACCACCACCAGGCCUACGAGGGCUUCCGCGGGCAGCAGUAUGCAGGGGAGGAUCUGUCCGCGGCCUCGGCGGCCCACCACCACCAGGGCCACCACCACCACCAUCACCACCACCACGGCCACCACGCCCGCCUGGAGGACCGCUUCUCGGACGACCAGCUGGUGAGCAUGACGGUGCGGGAGCUGAACCGGCAGCUGCGGGGCUUCAGCAAGGAGGAGGUGAUCCGCUUAAAGCAGAAGAGGCGCACCCUGAAGAACCGGGGCUACGCGCAGUCCUGCCGCUUCAAGCGCGUCCAGCAGAGGCACAUGCUGGAGACCGAGAAGUGCACCCUGCAGAGCCAGGUGGAGCAGCUGAAGCAGGACGUGGCGCGCCUCGCCAAGGAGAGGGAUCUUUACAAGGAGAAGUACGAGAAACUGGCCAGCCGGACCUACAACGCGGGAACGAACACGAGAGACCCGUCCGGGAAACAGGCCAACACCGAGUUCUUCAUGUGAGAGACUGAAGCAUAGACUCUGAGUCACACCCCACAUACACAUCCGUGUUACAUUAAUUUAUGUUUUUUUGUAUUUUGUUUACAGUUAUUCCCUCGACAGAGAAGACUUAAAACACAACAACAAAACAUUACGCAUUUUUUAGAUGCGCGCAGAAGUAGUUCCUCCUGCGCAGUUUGAGUCUUAAAGAUGUUUUUGGCUGUCAGGUGAGCACGUGGGAUCACUUAACCUAUAGACUUUUUUUCCUCUGGUGCAACAGAACCCGGUCAGUCUUACUGAAGCACUCUGACACUGAUCAUGACUUUGAUGAUUUUGUCUUAACACGCGGAGGUUCAUUUUUAGAAACUCAGAUUGGACUGAAACAGAAUUUAAAAAAAAAAGCAAUACACCGCCUCUCUCUUUUUGUGGCUCCAGGAAGCUCAUCAGACUGUUUGUGUGUGAAAGCGAGGCGGUCUGCGAUGCAGAGAAGAGACAGUUUUCAAUAUUGCAAGUCUAUAGUUUCCCAUCCCUGCAUGCAGGACAUGUAUGGAAACCUCCGAGUCAUCUCCCACAAACCCUCCCACAUGUAUGGAAAGCAUGGUUCUCUCCUCCUCGAGAUGCUUCUCCUCCCUCAUCCUCUGCCAUCAGUAAGGCCUGGGUAUGCAAAUAAAAGCCACAAAAUGUUUCUCCCCCCUCCCCUCCCUCAACCCCCCUGAGAGGUGCAAAGACUGCGGACUAAAACCUGCAAAACAAUCUGCUAGUGCGAAACAUGGAUGCGUCUUUAACUGCUGUUUUCAAUCAAAUUUUCUAUUGUUUUAAAAAAGACAAAUAAAAAAACGAACAAAAAGAGAUUAAACUGAGCCAGAUUUUAGACUUGUAUUUAUUUCCACCUGUACAUAACGUGUCGAGAAAAAAAAACAGUGAACUGUGUUGUUUUACUUGUUUUUCUCUCUCUCCUUCUCUUUUUAAAGAAAACCUGCUUUUUGUUGCUUGGAUUCUUCGAAAUGUCUUAAAUACAAAUGUUUGUAUGUUACAGCAUGCAAAUCGUCUAUGGUUAUCCUCCUCCUCCUACUGAACAUGUGUAAUGUCAAAGGCAAGCCUAUACUGCACUAAGAAGAGAUCAAACUGGAUUCAAACGUUUUGUUUUCUACUGAUAGGACCUUUGAUCUGUUGAAAACCCUGGAUGUAAAUUUGAUGAGGUGAAAAAGCUUCAUUUAUUAGAUGGACUGCAUUCGCUGCUAAAACUCUAUGCACCAACCUGUUGAUGAAAAAGACUCAGUUUCAUUUUUCGUUUUUCAGUUUUUUUACUUUCAAAUCUUUGUCGACAAAAUGUGUCUGCAGGCCUGCGUGUUUCUCCUGCAGCCCGGUGUCUUAAUGAGAUCUUGUGUCUGACUGGAUGCUUGA